CAAUUAUUUACUAUUUGAAGAAUUCAAUAUAGCAAAUUAACUCAAAAACAAUGGUUAAAGUAUUGAUCGCGGUACUCUUGAUAUGUGCUAUCUACAUACAAUUUGCUGAUGCCCAAGAACCAGCUUGUGUGUGCGGACUUGAGCUAGGACGUUUGUGCGGCAACCGACACGAUGUGGACGUCCCAAAAUCGGAGCCCUAUUUAACUGGCGACGGUUGCACCUCCAAUAGCCUAUACGAGUGCCGAUUCAAGCACGGGGAUGCUAUAUUCAUUGCCAAAUGUCCAAAAGGAGCUUGUCAACAUAAUAUAGCCGGCGAGGACACGUGCUUGGUUGCCUAAAUUGGCUGCCAGGGUUAUUUUUUAUUUUAAUUAUGAACGCUAAUUGUUUUGGGUAAAACUUAACAAAUUCUAAUUUAUAUUUAAAUAAAAUUUUUUGAGCAUUAUAA